UGUCCCGGGCCCCUGCUCUCCUCGUCCCCCUCCGGCCAUCUCCCCUCUCCCUCCUCCACCAAUCCCUCCGAUCCAAUCCGUCGCCGCCGCCGCCGCCGCCGCUGCAGCCGGUUGCCUAGGGUUACGGCGGCCGCCGCGCUCCCACCUCGGUGGCGCGAUGGGGAACACCUGCGUUGGCCCCAGCGCCGCGGCAGACCGCCACGGCUUCUUCAACUCCGUCUCCCUCGCCGUGCUCUGGCGCCCCGGAGGCCGCGCCGCCGAGCCCUCGACGCCGGCGUGCCCGCCCCGGGAGUCGAACCACGCCGCCUCCACCACCUCCACGGCCCCCGAGCGCGUCACCAUCGCCGACUCCGACCUCUCCUCCUCCUCCCCGACCGCGAGCUCCAACCCCGACAAGCCCAAGCCCAAGGUGAAGCGGGUGCAGAGCGCCGGCCUCCUCGCCGACUCCGUCCUCAAGCGCGACUCCGAGCGCCUCAAGGACCUCUACACGCUGGGCAAGAAGCUCGGGCAGGGGCAGUUCGGCACCACCUACCAGUGCGUCGAGAAGGCCACGGGCAAGGUGCUCGCCUGCAAGUCCAUCGCGAAGCGGAAGCUGCUCAGCGAGGAGGACGUCGAGGACGUGCGGCGGGAGAUCCAGAUCAUGCACCACCUCGCCGGCCACCCCAACGUGGUCUCCAUCGUCGGGGCGUACGAGGACGCCGUCGCCGUGCACCUCGUCAUGGAGCUCUGCGCCGGAGGCGAGCUGUUCGACAGGAUCGUGCAGCGCGGACACUACUCCGAGAAGGCCGCCGCGCAGCUGGCCCGGGUGAUCGUUGGGGUUGUGGAGGCAUGCCAUUCGCUCGGGGUGAUGCACCGAGACCUCAAGCCGGAGAACUUCUUGUUCGUCAACCAUAAGGAGGACUCACCACUCAAGACAAUCGACUUCGGUCUUUCCAUCUUCUUUAAGCCAGGUGAAACUUAUUCGGAUGUUGUUGGAAGUCCUUAUUAUGUUGCACCUGAGGUUCUGAUGAAGCAUUAUGGCCGUGAGGUGGAUGUAUGGAGUGCUGGUGUAAUUAUUUAUAUCUUGCUUAGUGGAGUUCCUCCAUUUUGGGAUGAGUCUGAACAAGGGAUAUUUGAACAAGUUUUGAAAGGAGAUCUUGAUUUUUCGUCUGAUCCCUGGCCUGCUAUCUCAGAUGGUGCAAAGGAUCUGGUGAGGAAAAUGUUAAACCGUGACCCCAGAAAGAGAUUGACUGCACAUGAAGCUCUAUGUCAUCCUUGGGUUUGUGUUGAUGGAGUUGCUCCUGAUAAACCUCUUGAUUCUGCUGUCUUAACUAGACUGAAGCAAUUUUCAGCAAUGAACAAACUAAAGAAGAUGGCCCUUAGGGUCAUUGCUGAAAAUUUAUCGGAAGAUGAAAUUGCAGGAUUGAGAGAAAUGUUCAAAAUGCUGGACACUGAUAAUAGUGGCCACAUCACACUGGAGGAACUAAAAACUGGCUUGCAGAAAGUUGGUGCUAAUUUGAAGGACUCAGAAAUUACAGCCCUAAUGGAAGCGGCGGAUAUUGAUAACAGUGGUUCAAUAGAUUAUGGGGAGUUCAUUGCUGCAACUAUGCAUCUGAAUAAAGUUGAGAGAGAAGAUAAUCUCUUUGCAGCAUUUUCAUACUUUGAUAAAGACAGCAGUGGUUACAUUACUCAAGAUGAGCUACAAAAAGCCUGUGAAGAGUUUGGCAUAGGAGAUGCACAUCUGGAGGAUAUUAUCAAAGAUAUUGAUCAGGACAAUGAUGGCCGGAUUGACUACAAUGAAUUUGUAACAAUGAUGCAGAAAGGGAAUAACCCACUGGGUAAAAAAGGACAAGGCCAGCUAAGUUUUGGUCUAAGGGAAGCAUUGAAGCUUGGCUAAUGGAAUAACGGCCCUAAAUGUAAAAUGAAGUGCUAUCCAGUAAAGGACGAAGACUGAAUUUAAGAAAGCAGAAGAUCCAAGACAAACGCUGCAAGCCUGCAACACUCUUUAAUCAACAUUUUGUGAAGAUACAAACUAACUUUUGGGGUCUAUCAGCCGGACACAGAAGAUUUCAGACGUAUACGAGUUUCUUGAAAGUUGGAAGAGUUAAACAAACGUCCGUGGACCCUCCAACCGUGUAGGUGUUUCUUUUCUUGGAGUAGGAACAGUUCACAAGAAUAGCGUGUGUGUUGUUUCAUGGCCUUUUCCGUUCUGGAAACUCUAAGCUUGACAUGUUUGGAUUGGACGGGAUUCCUUUGCAUUGGAGAGUUGUAUAUAGUUGUUAGCAUAUAUCUGAUGUAAGAAAGUGCGUAGGUUGUACCAUAAGCAGUCAAGUGAAUAAAAUGGUUGGCUUACUAA